UUGUGUUUCCCGGCAGCAUCUAUUUAGUACACAGAACAGUACCUUGUACGAUUGAAUCCAAGGGUACGGAGCGGUUCAUCUGAUGAAACUCAUCUUGUGUCUACCGAUUGGUGAUAAACGUUUUGUGCAAACGUAAAGUGCCAUUCCCGUUCGCGCCUUUAUAUCACUGGAUUAUCGCGUGCAUCAUGGCUGGAAUUAAAGGUUGAUCACGCUGGCCUUCGCAGGGUCUGUGGGAAUGACAUUUCUUGUUUUGGCUUGCGCCCUUCCUCAGCAUAAUUGGUGGCCAUUUUUUGUGGUCAUGUUUUACAUAGCUUCGCCUUUCCCUGUGUUGAUCAGUCGACGCUACAGCGACGGGUCGUCGUCUUCCAGCGCGUGCCAUGAAUUUGCUGUUUUUCUCACGACAGGAAUUGUAAUCUCAGCAUUCUCGUUGCCCGUUGUUCUUGCUCGAGCGCCGAGCCUUGCACCAGUGAUCACAUGGGGAUCCUGCGGACUUAUUUUGGCCGCAAACAUCGUUAUGUUCCUAACCAUCGUCGGAUUCUUCAUAGCGUUCAACUCGGAAGAUUUGUCAUACAACAUGUGGUGA